AUGACUCCUACUGUGGCUAUGGAUUUACAUACUUUUAUUCUGGAUGAAAUUGAUGGUGAUAAUGUUUCGGAGCUGCCUGCCAUGGAGUUCACGCUGAAAUGCUACGAUCUGAGCGGGCAGAAGAGGUUCCAGACAGGAUUAUGGAGACGGUACCUUGAUAUUGCGGGUUUGAUUUUGUUUGUGGUUGAUCUUAGUGAUGAUCUGACUUUGCACGCGGCAAAACAGCUGUUGGUGGAAAUUAUACUGGAAAACGAGAGAGGUAGUAAGAAGCCGAUACUGAUCAUAGGCAACAAGCUUGACCUCAUACCCUCGGCUACGACGUUUCUUGGGGUGGAAACUUCUGGAUCCUCUGGAAAGGCAAAUAGUGUGACCAGCAACAAGGCAAAUGUAAUGAAUAGCAACAGGGUUGUUCGAAAAAAAAAGAGUCUUUUGCCGAUUGACAAGCUGCCUAACACUGUGAACCUUCUAGAUAAAGCGGAUGUUUUCGCGCAGUUCUUGGGGAUUUUGGUGGAUGUCAGUGCCAAUCGCGUGAUGUUGAAAUACACGCCAUUUUCAAACAAUACUGCGAAGGAAACAGAUGCGAUGGUGCCGAAAGAGCAGCGACCAUCAUACGGAAGUGUCGCCAACACCGGUGCAAAACCCAACGGGCCACAAUCUAGAUCAAGGUCCCCUGUGAAGCAGGCUGAGCCACAGAGUCUAUCCCCGGUCAAGAACCAAAAUCAGUCAGAGGAAUUGGUUGAACUGGAUAUGGAGCUUGGGAUAUUCGUGACCAGCUUGAAGUCUGGCCAGCAUUUGGAGGACGUGGUGAGAUGGAUAGCCGGGAGCGCCUAG